GAAGGGCAACCAGGUGUGAUAAAACAUGUGUGUUAUAAUGUGAAUUCGCAGAGCUGAACCAGGAGUCACCCCGGAUCUGAGCUGCAAAAGCCUCUGUGUGAUAAACACCGAAGUGGUCAGUGGCUCAGAGGUUUAAGUGGGGAGGAAGGAAUUGACUGAAACUGAGUGCCGACAGCUUCAAGGAUGGAGCUCCUGGUCACAGCAGGUAUCUGCAUCAGUCCCCACAAGCCUUCUGUAGCACAUCUAGCCUCUUCAGUAGGGUUCCUCAAGUCUCAGGUUGGGUGGGCAUGAAGGCUACAGAGAGAAGAGCAAAACAAUGUUCCCAUCUGUUUACCCUCUUUCUGUGAGCAUUUCCUAAAAUUCAAGAUGCUGUUUGUUUUCUCACUGUUGACAUGUAUUGUGAGUGUGAAGAACGAUUCUGCUGAUUUCACAGAGCCAGGUAUUGUAUUGAAUCUUCUAUUUCUUUUGCUAAAGGUGAUGCUGUUGGAAACAUCUCGGCGCUACAAUCCAGAAACAGAAAGUAUUACAUUUUUGAAAGAUUUGAGCUAUAAUCGAGAUGACUUUGCCAAAGCUGGCCUUCAGUUUGAAUUCAUUAACCCCAUUUUUGGCUUUUCAAAGGGAAUGAAUGAAUUGCAGCUUAAUGACGCUGAAUAUGCACUUUUAAUUGCAAUCAGUAUUUUUUCCGCAGGUAAGAUGUGGGAAGACGUGGAAGGUAUUGAUAUUCAUGUUUGUGUGUCUGAGUGCGGGAGCUUAGACCUUCUUAAUAAUCAGGCAUCAUACACACACACACAUACACACUGUUACAUACCAUUCAGCAGGAUCCUAAUAUUAGUACUGAAGAGCUGUUUGUGCUGUGCAUACUAAUUCAUCUUUUGGAGUGUGCCUCUUUGCAGUGUGACAACAGUCCAAUGCAUGACUAAAACAAACUAAACCACCACCACCUCCUCCUCCCUAUCUAGAAAUAGUUCUAAAUAAAGAACAUGGACAGGCAGCUGUAGACCCCAAUUUGCAUUUAUGUGCACAUUCCUAGCUGAGUCAGCCUUAGCACAUGGAUUUUGUGGAUUCAGGUCUGCUAAGGCUAUUGAUUUAUCAGUUUGAAAUUUCCUCUCUGGAGCCUGUUCAGCUUGCAUAGAAAUAUUUUUGUUGUUUGCGAAGUCAAAGACUUUCAUGGCCACCAUCCAGUUUUUUGUGGCUUUUUCAGGCUAUGUCGCCAUGUUCUAGAAGAGUUUUUUCCUGACGCUUCAAUGCCAUCUGUGGCUGUUGUUUUAUAUUUGUUAUAUAUUGCUUAAAUAACAGAGGCAAGACAGGCCUACAUUGUGCCAGGGAGUCUUGGUGAAGGCCUCAUCUUCCCACCCUUUCCUCUCACCUGUAAGAUACUUUG